AUGGAUACAUAUAAAGCCGGAAAGCGAAGCUCGAUCUCGUUUGGCAGUUAUCAGAGACCGGUCGUGAGCUUCAACCAAAAUGAGCUACCUUACUAUGCACCUCGCCAACUGUAUUCGGCGCAGCAAUCAGCACAGCAACCGGACGUGGUUUACCCUUGCCGCUACGAGGCUCACUUUCCCCUCUACGCCAUGGACUGGAGCAAUGAAGACUACGUGGCAGUCGGAUCGUAUAAGGAAGAUACUUUCAACAAGCUGCAGAUUCUGCACUCGUCGGACCUUGUCAGCUGGGAAAAGGCGGGCGAGGAAAACUGCGUGUUCCCAAUAUCGAGAGUCCAAUGGUGUCCUAAUGGAAACUCACAGCAGCUUGCAACAUGUUCUGACUCCCUAAGGCUGUGGGACUACUCUGACUUUGUGCUACAAGAACGGCUGAACCUGUCUUUUUGCAGAUACAACAAGAGCGGUGGCCAGGGCACGGUAGCAGCGCUGGGGCAGUUGCCUCCAGUUUCUUCAUUCCACUGGAAUGCUGUGGACCCCAAUUUGAUCAUCUCGAGCUCCAUCGAUACCACAUGCACCGUGUGGGAUUUGCAGGCGACCAACUACGUCAAAACGCAGCUUAUUGCGCACGACAGUGAGGUCUUCGACGUCAAGUUCCUGACACAGUCUACGCAGCUCUUUGCUAGUUGUGGUGGUGAUGGCAGCGUACGUGUGUUCGACCUUCGCUCGCUUGCGCACAGCACCAUCAUAUACGAGCCUAGCUCGCAGCCCACGGCGGGGAGCUCCGGCGAUAGCAGUGCCGCCAGCGGCGGCAGCGGCAGUGGCAGCAAUAGUGCCUCCAGCGGCAGUAAUGCACUGCUGAGGCUAGAACCCUCGCCCUUCGACCCGAAUGUCGUCGCCACCUUCGCGCACGACUCCAAUAGCGUGCUAAUUCUCGACAUGCGCUAUCCGGGCGCGGCCAUCCUGACCCUAGAGGGCCACGUAGGUGCUGUCAACCAAAUACAGUGGCACCCGUCUCGCCACAACGUCCUGCUAACGUGUGGAGACGAUUGCCAGGCGCUACUGUGGGAUCUGAACACGCACCUGAGCACGCCUGCCAGCAACACUGUCUCGUCCAAGUGGAACAGUAGUAAGGUUGCACGUUGUAUCGACACGCCGCAGGAGGCUUACAGCGAUGCGAACUACGAGAUCAACAACAUUGUUUGGAGGCCUCAGGGCAAUUGGUUCGGUUGCAACCUGGGGCGCCACUUCCAGAGCGUCAGGGUCUGA